UUGAUAAAAAGAGUAGAACCAUUCGAUUUUUAUAUUGUGUUUUACAUUGUGAUAAACAAUUUCUGUCUAAUUCUAUUCGAGUACUGAUAAAGGAGAAGAAUAUUGAUAUUCAUCGAGAACGUCUUCAACCGACAUCUAUUUCGUUCUCUUCUAUCUCGAACAAUACGACAACACUUAUUAGUGAAUCUCGAAAUCAAUUGCAAAUUGUUACAAAUUUAUUGGAUCAUUCAACUGGUGAACGUAAUUCUUCUAUUAUUAAUCAAACAACAGAACCAACGACUUCAACUCAUGGUUCUCAUUCAAGUGUAGAUAUGGCUUCUAAUACAAAUCAAUUCAACCAUAACAACGAGAACGUGUUGCCAUCUGAUUGUAGUUCUCAACCUCAAACAAGAAAGAAACAAAAACGUAAACAAAAUUUAAAUGAAGAAGAACAGGAUGACACAUUGAUGAACGAUGCUCCACAAGAUAAUGUUGAAUCUUCUCAAAGUCGUCUUCCACUUACUAUUAUGACAAAUUCUACUGUUGCAUUACUACAAACAAAACGUAAACGACGAACUUAA